AUGGCGGCCCAGAAGAAAGCAGUUGAGGGGCCGUUGGUGGGCGCAGUGGUCCAAGCCACCAGCGCCAGUAGCUUUCUGAUUUUCAAUUCAAAAACAUCAGAACUACUUACCCAUUAUGAAGUCGAAUUAACACAAGACUUUCCAAAGGAAGGCUGGGUGGAACAAGACCCCAAGGAAAUUCUGCAGUCGGUCUAUGAGUGUAUGGAGAGAACGUGUGAGAAACUUGAUGAACUUAACAUUGAUAUAUCCAACGUAAAAGCUAUUGGCGUCGGCAACCAGAGGGAGACCACUAUAGUCUGGGACAAAUUAACUGGAGAGCCGCUUUAUAAUGCUCUGGUGUGGCUUGAUCUAAGAACACAGAGUACUGUCGAGAAGCUCUGCAAAAGAAUACCCGGGAAUAAUAACUUCGUAAAGUCCAAGACAGGCCUUCCACUUAGCACUUACUUCAGUGCGGUGAAGCUUCGUUGGAUUUUUGACAACGUGAAACAAGUUCAAAAGGCCGUGGAAGAAGGUAGAGCGCUUUUUGGCACAAUUGAUUCAUGGCUUAUCUGGAAUUUGACAGGAGGAGUCAAUGGAGGUGUCCACUGUACAGAUGUCACAAAUGCAAGUAGGACAAUGCUUUUCAACAUUCAUUCUUUGGAAUGGGAUAAAGAGCUCUGUGACUUUUUUGAAAUUCCAAUGGAUAUUCUGCCAAAAGUCUGGAGUUCUUCUGAGAUCUAUGGCCAAGUGAAAGCAGGGUGCUUGGAAGGUGUGCCAAUAUCUGCAUGUUUGGGGGACCAAUCUGCUGCAUUAGUAGGACAAAAGUGCUUCCAGGAAGGACGAGCCAAAAACACAUAUGGAACCGGCUGCUUCUUACUAUGUAAUACAGGUCCCAAGUGUGUGUUUUCUGACCACGGCCUUCUGACCACAGUGGCUUACAAACUUGGAAGAGACAAGCCAGUAAUUUAUGCAUUGGAAGGGUCUGUUGCUAUAGCUGGUGCUCUUAUUCACUGGCUGAAAGAUAACCUUGGAAUCCUAGAGACUCUAGAAGAAAUCGAAACUCUUGCUAAAGAAGUUGGUACUUCAUAUGGCUGCUACUUCAUUCCAGCAUUUUCUGGGUUAUAUGCCCCUUAUUGGGAGCCCAGUGCAAGAGGGAUCAUCUGUGGUCUCACUCAGUUCACCAACAAAUGUCAUAUUGCUUUUGCUGCCUUAGAAGCAAUUUGUUUCCAAACCCGAGAGAUUUUGGAUGCCAUGAACCGUGACUGCGGGAUUCCCUUCGAUCACUUGCAGGUAGAUGGAGUAAUGACUAACAACAGGGUUCUUAUGCAACUGCAAGCAGAUAUUCUGCAUAUACCACUGAUUAAGACCUGUCUUACUGAGUCAACUGCACUUGGAGUUGCCAUGGCAGCAGGAGCAGCAGAAGGAGUGGGCGUUUGGAGUCUAGAACCUGAAAACUUGACAUCCACUAUGACAGAACGAUUUGAACCACAAAUUCAGGCCACGGAGAGUGAAAUUCGUUAUGCUACAUGGAAGAAAGGUGUGAUGAAGUCAAUGGGCUGGGUAACGUCUCAGUGUUCUGACAAGAGUGACUCUGCUAUCUUCUCUAGUCUACCCUUGGGCAUUUAUAUAGUGAGUAGCAUGAUGAUGUUAAUUGGAGCAAGAUACAUCUCAGGUAUCCCAUAG